GUGUCAAGGCCGAAGGCUAGCGCUGGUUUUGUUUUUUCUCUGAAAUUCUGGAAAUAAUUGUUAUUUCCUAGAUAACUUUAUAAGAUAAUAAAACAAUACUAAAUAGUAUUACUUACCAAAAGUAUAAACAAUAAUUAAAACCGCAAGAUGUCGUUUAUUGUUAAGCAGUGUCUUCGCCGGAUCCUCACUCCAGCAGUUUCUCUGGCUAAUAAAUCAUACUUUUCUACAACUAGUGCAGCGUUCGUUCCCAGAGUACAGAAGCCUGCACCAGACUUUUCCGCAACUGCAGUCGUUGAUGGAGAAUUCAAACCCAUGAAAUUGGCUGACUUCAACGGAAAAUAUGUUGUUCUUGUGUUUUAUCCUCUAGAUUUCACCUUUGUAUGUCCCACUGAGUUGAUUGCAUUCAGUGAACGUGCGAAAGAUUUUGCGAGCAUUGACUGUCAAGUCAUUGGGGUGUCAACUGACUCUGAAUUUAGUCACUUGGCUUGGAUAAAUACACCAAGAAAGGAUGGAGGUUUGGGCAAACUAAAUAUUCCGUUGCUAGCUGAUUACAAGAAAGAAAUCUCACAAAACUACGAUGUUUUGCUGGACAGUGGUUUUGCUUUAAGAGGACUAUUUAUUAUCGACAGAAAUGGCACCCUAAGACACAUGUCCAUAAAUGAUUUACCAGUUGGUCGAUCAGUCGAUGAGACUUUAAGAUUAGUCAAGGCUUUCCAGUUUGCUGACAAACAUGGUGAAGUGUGCCCGGCGAAUUGGAACCCAGAGAGCAAUUCGGACACCAUCAAACCUAACCCCAAGGACAGUAAGGAGUACUUUAGCAAAUCCAAGUGAUUUUUUUUUAAUGUGAUAGUGGCAAUUGGCAAAUAGUGUUUGACAACAUCCCUGGGCAUUUAAUUCUCAAUAUUCUAGAAUAUUCGAAUAUUUAAAAUGAGCUUUAUUGUUUGUUUUGUAAUAAAUAUUAGCAUAUGAACAAGAUAAUUGAA